UUCUCAAUAAUAACAUACGCUGAAGACUUUGAUAUUUGUUAGGCAUUCCAUUGCCUAUACCCAUCAGCAAAAAAUAUCUACACUUAUAUUUAUAUACGUAUAAGUACUCGCGUCGGUAACACUCGGUACCAGUUUUGGAGUCUGCAGUUGGGUAUCUCAGAUUUAAAAUUUAGGUAUACUUAGCUUGUGACGCCACCGCUUGUAUACUUACUUACUUCCCAGCAGCAGCCAAGUUUUUCUUGAGUAUAUAUUCGGUGGAGCAGCGUUUCUCUCUUAUUCUCGUUAGAUCACGAUUCUUCGUUUCUUAUAAAUAAUUAUGACUCCAGAUGGAUAUGCAAGGGUAUAUGUAGGUGGACUGACUGAAAGUAUCAAAAAAGAAGAUCUGCAAUUGCAAUUUGAAAAGUUUGGUAAGCUAAAUAAAGUAUGGGUUGCAUUCAAUCCACCUGGCUUUGCCUUCAUAGAAUACUUCAAUAUGGAUGAGGCAGAAUCGGCAUGCAGCAAUAUGAAUGGUACAGAGAUCAUGGGAACAAAGCUCAGAGUUGAAAUCUCUCGAGGAAGAGGUCGUGGAGGAAGAGGUGGAUUUAAGACUAGAGGACCUGGUAGAGGAGGAUUUGGCUUUCGUGGUGGUUACAGAGCAAAUAACGCUGCUGGUGGAUAUGAACAAGAUAGUUAUUAUUCAGGUAGAACUAACAGUAGCAGUGGAUACUAUAAUCAACAUCACAGUGCUCCAAGCUUUGGUUAUGGUGCACCAAAUUCAUAUAAUCAAGAUGGUUACAAUGGAAAUGAUGGCUCCAGUUAUUACAGUGGCAGAAAUACACGAGAUACAAGAUACCGAAGUCGUUCCCCUGCUGGACGUGUGAGUCAACGUCAUCUUCGUGAAUGUACAUAAACGAACUGCGCAACCUUUUCAUGUCAAUCUGCAAGCUAACAAUAAAUCAACACCAACAACAACAUCAUUUAAGUUAAUUUGCGCAGCAAUGUGUAUAUAUAAAAAUUAAUUAUUUAUGAUUGUGCUUUGAUAUAAUUUUUUGUAUUUUUAAAGUCUUAUUC